GUCAAGGCACUGUCCUGCGCCCCACGCGCAUUUCAAGUCGAAAACUUUUUGACCGAUGUAGAGGCCGAUCACAUUGUCGGGCUUGUUCAAAAGAAAAACGAUAUGCAAAGGUCAUCCACAAACGGUCAUAUAUCAGAAACCCGUACUAGCUCCACAACUUGGCUGGCUCGCCACAGUGAUCCAGUAAUAGACUCUAUCUUCCGACGCGUUGCGGACACGCUGAAAAUGGAUGAAGCGAUGUUGCAUCGUCGCAUCAAUGAAGACUUGCAAAUCGUCCAUUACGGUGUGGGACAACAGUACACGGCACAUCACGACUUUGGAUACCCCAAAGGCGAUCCAGGAAGCCCCAGCCGCUCCAUCAAUUUCUGCAUGUACUUGAACGAUGUCCCGGCCGGUGGCCAAACCUCCUUUCCUCGAUGGCGAAACGCUGAGACGAAUGGAGCUUUGAAUGUAGUACCCAAGAAAGGAACCGCCAUGAUAUUUUACAUGGUUAAUCCGGACGGGAACUUGGAUGAUUUGACGCAUCACGCCGCACUACCAGUGAUCGAGGGGGAAAAAUUCUUCUCCAACCUUUGGAUU